AUGGAUGAGAAGGAAGAUGAUGAUGACAUGCACAUGCCCGCUUGGGAUGACGACCGCAAGUACAGGCCGAAAUUUCGAGAACGAUUUGCGAAGGAAAACAUCGUCAAUACCAUUGGCAUCGUCUUUCUGCUCAUUGGACUUUGCACCAUCUUCAUAGUAUUGCCUGUCAUAUCUAUCACGGGCACCGCCCUCAUUCCAUACAACAAUGAUACUCCCCUGGACCAAAUGCCAGGUCAUGGCAAGCCAGAUCCGUGGACACAUGUCAAUGACAACGAUUACCCACUGCUCGCAAAUAUCAGGACCGGCCUCGUUGAUCCUGAUACACCAAGCUCUGCCAUGACGCGAAAGAGCAUCAAGGGAGAUGAGCUGAAGCUUGUCUUCAGUGACGAGUUCAACAAGAGAAACAGGACAUUCUACGAGGGCGAUGAUCCGUAUUGGUUCGCGCCCGAUAUCUGGUACCACGCUACAAACGACUUGGAGUGGUAUGAUCCGGAUGCCGUCAAUACAGGCGACGGGACUUUACAGAUCCAGCUCGAUGCGUUCGCCAAUCACAACCUACAGUACAGGUCAGGCAUGUUAAACUCGUGGAACCAGCUGUGCUUCAAGGGUGGCGUAUUCGAGGUAUCCGUUAGUCUACCUGGACCUGCUGGCAUCCACGGUCUAUGGCCUGGAGCCUGGACAAUGGGCAACCUCGGACGGCCAGGCUACCUCGCAACGACAGAUGGCAUGUGGCCAUACACGUACAACGACUGCGACUCAGGCAUCACUCCGAAUCAGUCCAUGACUGAUGGGACAAGUUACCUACCGGGACAGCGAUUGCCAAACUGUGUCUGCCAGAACGAAGACCAUCCGUCACCAGGCACUGGCCGCGGCGCACCUGAGAUUGAUAUCAUCGAGGCAAGUGCAGACUGGGCUGGCAAAGGCUUUGGUGUUGCUACUCAAUCGUAUCAAGUGGCGCCAUUUGACAUCUUCUAUGAGCCAAACUAUGAGUUCAUGGAGAUCCCCAACUACAAUUUCAGUUACGUCAACUCAUAUACCGGUGGGCCGUUCCAGCAGGCGGUCUCCACCACUACCAUGUUGAACAACGACUGGUACGAUGGCAAGGCUUAUCAAAAGUACGCGUUCGAGUACCAGCCUGGUAGCGGUAAGAACGCUCACGUCACCUGGUUUGUUGGAGACGACGAGAUGAUGAGAUUUGACGCACGCGCCAUUGGCCCGAAUGGGAACAUUCAACAGCGACUCAUCGCCGAGGAGCCUUUGUCGAUGAUCUUGAAUCUCGGCUUUUCUCACAGUUGGGUUGACAUCGACCAGGCGAAUCUUAGGUUCCCAACCACGAUGCGGAUCGACUAUGUUCGGUGGUACCAAAACGAGGCGGAUGCUGGCCACGAGGUGACAUGUGAUCCUCAAGGGUACCCAACGACUGAGUACAUCGCCCGCCACCCAGAAGCGUACAAGAAUCCCAACUAUACGUUGUGGUCAGAUGCUGGCUACCAAUGGCCGAAGAAUACACUGAUGCACGGCUGCAGUGCAUAG